UCCGGGUCGCUCAUCUGACGUCAUCAGAAAGCGCCUCACCCUGUGCUGGACUUCUUUGGCGGAGCUGUGAAAUCGGACUCCAAGGACGCAAAGAUGCCGAUGAAGGGACGGUUCCCCAUCAGGAGGACGAUGGAGUACCUCCAGAAGGGCGACAUCAUCUUUAAGAACCGAGUGAAGAUCAUGACGGUGAACUACAACACGCAGGGAGAGCUCAGCGACGGCGCAAGGAAAUUCGUGUUCUUCAAUAUUCCUCAGAUUCAGUACAAAAACCAGUGGCUCCAAAUAAUGAUGUUCAAAAAUAUGACACCGUCCCCGUUCCUGAAGUUCUACCUGGAUAAUGGGGAGCAGGUUCUGAUGGACGCGGAGGGGAAGGACCACAAACAAAUUUCACAACACGUGAAGAUGAUUUUGGGCAAAUCGGAAGAAGUGUUGCAAGCCGAGGCUCGGACCAAGAUGCAGGCCUCCAACCCCGCCAACUUCGGGCCCAAGAAGUACUGCCUGAGGGAGUGCAUCUGCGAGGUGGCGGGCCAGGUGCCGUGUCCCAGCACCACGCCGCUGCCCAAGGAGAUGACGGGGAAAUACCGAACCAAGAUGGCGGCGGCGGAGGCGGAGUGAGACGCCGAGGAGGAGGAGGAGCGCCGAGUACCGAGUACUCUCCAUUCACCGGGCCAUGUCGGAGGCUCCGUGGCGUUUAAAAAAUGUUGUACAAUUGCACUAAAAGGACGACGGCAUUGCAAAAGAAAAAAGUAGCUGUAGCUACGUGUGACUAACGGCCUCCCGCUGUGCGUCGAGAGAACGCCGCCAUCGGACCUCCGAGCAACGCCACACACACACACACACACACUCUCUGUAAUGUCACAUUGAGCAGAAUGUCAACGCCGCAAUGUAAACACACAAAUAAAAAAAACGGAUUUGCUUCGCGUGAGCAUAACCACAAAAAGAGAGCGAGAACUGUU